AUGAAAUCCGACGACAUCGAAAAGAUCAGCGGCUGCUCCCUGUCUCUGCACAGCGUGAGCCAGCCCGAGCUCGACACUGACUCCACGAACGAAAUCAACGCGAACGCGGCAGAUUCCAAACCGCAAAACAAAUAUAAGAAAUGGGCCGCGAGUAUCAAGAACAUGGAGGGCCGCGGCAUUGGGCCGGUGCCUUUGGAAGAGCGCCAGCCACUGACCCCGUCCACAUCGUUGCACAUGCUGCUGAUGUGGUUCAGCAUGACGCUGGCAACGAAUAAUAUCAUCGUGGGGUCGAUGGGCACGCUCGUCUUAGGUCUUCGAUACAAGGACGCUGCUCUCUGUGCGAUUUUUGGCAAUCUGGUGGGAGCUGCCACCGUGGGAUACAUGAGCACUUGGGGUCCUAUUAGUGGGAACCGCACACUGGUCAGUGGAUACCCUCCAACAGGACGUGGAUACGAGUGUUGA